AUCUUGCUAAGUACCAAAUCACUUGCUAUCUAAACCUCUCUCCAGUAAACGUUGCGUCUACAACACGGCCUACUAUGUCUUCAGGAGAAGAAUCUGCCGGAGCAAGCACCCUACAAAGGAUAGUAGAAGCUGCAGAAGAGUUCGUGGAGAGGAUGACGGAUACGGAAUCACCUCCUAACGGAGCCACGGAGGGGAGCGAGGGGAAGUCGUCCAUGGAGGGGCGUAAGGCCAAAAUGGACCAGCUACGGAAGAAAUUGCGUUCUUCCGAACAAGCAAAUCGAGCUGCAGUCGUCGAGGAAAGUGCCAAGGCUAAACUGAAUGCACGAGAGGCGGCAAGGCUUGACCGACAACGCAAACUCGCUGAGGUGCUGCGCCAGAAGGCGGAUGCCGAGGACAACGGGGAAGAUAUUGAACGACUGAAGAAUUGGGAGUAUACAGUCGAGGAGAAUGACGAAUGGGAGAAGAAGAAGGCGCGGAAGGCAAGACGAGCUGAUUUCGAGUUUCAUGAUGAUGCACAUGCUGCACGUCGGCGAUACAAAAAGGAUCUCGAUUUCAUCAAACCUGACCUAGCAUCGUACAACAAACAGAAAGAAAUCGCCCUUGGCUUAGCCCCUGGAACUCUAGUCAAGGCUGGACAAUCGUCGUCUUCAUUUUCGUCUUCAUCCACAGCGAUCACAAAUUUCUACCCCUCGGGCGGAGCGUUACAAGUUGCCCCUUCGAGUAUUGAACAGCAACUGGCUGCAGAGUCUUUAUACCGGGACGCGAAUACCCUGCUCUAUGCAGACAACAAGCCGACUGAAGAUGCAAUUGACAGAGUUGUCAGCAAGCUCAACCGAGACAUUGACAAGAAGAAGAAAUUCUCAAGGAAGCGGCCUAAUGAAGAUGAGGGUGAUAUCACCUACAUCAACGAGCGUAAUCGCGUUUUCAACAAGAAGAUUGCUCGUUACUACGACAAGUACACAGCAGAGAUCAGAGCGAGUUUCGAGAGGGGAACUGCUCUAUAGUUGGACGUUUGUAUUUUAUCGCACCUAUAUCAUCUUGUAUCCGCACUGUAUUGUACAAUAUGUAAUCUCACCCGCUUCAUGCCUCAGACCAUUUAGAAUAGCGAGGAAAGAACGGACAGUGCAUGAAAUUUUAAAAAGAUGAAACACCCGU